UAACCUGCCAUUUUUGUACGUUGAAAACGUGUUUUUCUUAAUAUUAAAAUUAACCCAUUCCAAAACUGGUCCACACGAAUGUGCAGACCAGCGCACCCCACAGUCAAAUGCGAAAAUAGCAAAAUCCCAGCAUCCCUUUUCCUGGAUCGGAGUGCCACGUAAUAAGUCUGUUGCUCGCGGGCUAGUUUGUUGUGCUGCAGCUGUAUCUUGCCGAGUUUCCGGAACUGGAGGAUUCCACCCAAAGCACAAACAUUCAAGAAUCUGGGAGAUAUGGGGGGAUCGCAGAGUGUAGAGAUUCCUGGAGGAGGGUCCGAGGGUUACCACGUCCUCAGAGUGCAAGAGAAUUCUCCAGGCCACCGUGCAGGAUUGGAACCGUUCUUUGACUUUAUUGUGUCCAUAAAUAAUACUAGAUUGAAUAAAGAUAAUGAUACUCUAAAAGACUUGUUGAAGGCUAAUGUGGAGAAACCAGUGAAGAUGCUGGUCUACAGCAGCAAGACCCUGGAGCUAAGAGAGACCACAGUCACACCCAGCAACCUAUGGGGUGGGCAGGGCCUCCUGGGGGUCAGCAUCCGCUUCUGCAGCUUUGAGGGAGCCAAUGAGAAUGUGUGGCAUGUGCUGGAAGUGGAGCCUAAUUCUCCUGCUGCACUGGCUGGAAUGAGACCACACACAGACUACAUCAUUGGAGCAGAUACAGUCAUGAAUGAGUCUGAGGAUCUGUUCUCACUCAUUGAAACACACGAAGGGAAGGGCCUAAAGCUGUAUGUGUACAACACAGAUACAGACAACUGUCGAGAGGUGGUCAUCACACCCAACAGUGCAUGGGGUGGAGAAGGCAGUCUGGGUUGUGGGAUUGGCUAUGGGUACCUCCACAGGAUACCAACCCGACCAUUUGAGGAAGGGAAAAAGAUUUAUUUCCCUGGACAAAUUUCCAGUGAGCCCUCUAGUCCACUAAAGGAUGGCUUCACGGAGGUGCAGCUCUCGGCUGUCAAUCCCCCAUCUGCUGUGCCUUCUGCUCCCACUGAGCUUGAGGAGGGGCUGUCUGGUCUGUCAAUCAGCUCAACCUCACCCACCAUUCCCAGUGUUCUACACACAGGUGUCCCCACUGUUCCUCUGCUGCCAAAAUCAAUGAGCCCCUCUAUGAGUGCUGUGCCCCCUAUCAACCCUGCUGCCACGUUGCCAGGUCUGAUGCCCUUACCAGGAAGUCUGCCCCCCCUUCCCAACUUGCCAAAUUUGAACAUCCCCUUACCAGACUUAAGUGCGGUGUCAUUAGCAGGCAUUGGAGGUCUGCCACCACCUACAUCAGCUACAGGUUUCCCUCCGUUUGCUCCUCUACCUCCUCUGAACCUUCCUGGUAUAUCUCCACUGCCCCUGUCUGCCGUGCUCCCCUCCCAGCUUUCAAUGGCACCUGGAGUGACCUGCCCCCCAUCCGUCAUCCCUGCCUCUGUCCCAGUCGUUGCUGAGCAAACUCCCGCGCUCAUCCUGGAUGCCUCAGCCUCUCCCAACACCCCUGUUGCCAGCCAUGUGCUCACAGAGGCUCUCACUGAGGCGGCGGUUGCCAUUGAAACUCCUUGCCCGGAGUCAACAGACACACAGGUGUCCUCCGCGGCCUCAUAACAGUGAGUGGCUCCUUCUGCGGGCCCGGCUCCCUCCGCUGUAUUUAUUUAACCACAGGAAAAUGUUUCCACAAUCCUUCGCACAGAAUACAGCACAUCAAACCUGGGGGGUGGGGAUGAGGAGAGGGUCAAACCAAUGUGCUGAUCCCCUGGGGAUUAAAGCAGUUGAGAACUGAAAAAUAACAAAGCGGGAGUGCAAAGAUUAUGUGCUGAAGUAUGUCAAGGGAUCACUUGUAGUCUAUUCCUGUUAAGCCUCAGUAGCUUUUUGUAAAUCAUCUUUUAUUUUAUUUUGAUCUGACUCUGUCUUUGACCCCAAAUCUAGUCUCAUUCCACAAUAUGAAAUUGGUUUAAAUUAUGCCAUGGUAAGUUCUUUUAAUGCUUGAUUUUUGCUCCAGUUGUCUCUCUUCUGUAUUUCAGCACAGAUCUCUAUUGAACAAGGUGCGAUUAUAUUCGUGUGUCUACAUGUAUUGUGUGUUCAAGUAAGCUCUUACCCUUUGCUUACUGUUGCUGUGUUGUACAAAGCCAUUUGCUGUGCAAAGAUGUGGAGUUUGGAAUAUGCGGUUGGAAACCAGACGGUGGUGCUCCAGCCCACCCAGUAAAAAAUUAUCCUGUUGUCUUAUUAAAGCAAUAAAACAGAUGGCAUUUUACUUUUCUGGUGCAAUGUUUGCAUUUCAAGUCUUUUGUUUCUUCUCCAAGGAACUUUGUGUAUAACCACGAAAAACUGAAAUGUCAUUGUGAUCAUGCAAUGUCUUUAGGUCCAGCAGGGGGAGCCAAAGUUAUAAUUUAAAGAGAUUGUUCACAUUUUAUUGGUUAUGCUGUUAUGUUUAACUGUCAGGAAUGGCAAAAAUGUUCUGGGUCAAGAUAACAUGGCGCAUGUUAAAUUUUGUAUUAGUACUCAAAAACAACAUUUUCUCCCUAAACAUUAUCUUUACCUCAGUUACUAACAGUAUAAUGGUGUAUUUCAUCCCACACAGAUCAUGGUCCCCUUAUGAUUAUUCACGUUUUUCAUUUGAAAAAUUCUGUAAAUUGGCAAAAAACCAAGAAAUAAAAUAAAACAAAUGUAUUUGAUUUUUAAAA